UCGGCACAGGGAAGCAAGGCCGGUGAUUGUCCCACAGGACUCAUAGGAAAGGCUGCCUGGUUACAGUCCUGGGAAAGAAAACCCCUGCAUUCCUCCCCUUUAAUUGGGUUUAUUGUUGAAGCACUGGGGCAGCUAACACUCCCAGACCUGUAGGAGCAGGAUUGCUGGCCGAGACUGCUGACUGGAGCACCUUUCCGUGAGUCCCUGGCCCCUGUCAAUCUCUCCUGGCUCCUGUGGUCUCAAGGCUUCCCAGGCAGCGUCAACUCUGGAGGGGAUGGGGAGAAAGGAGGAGGAGGAGUGCAGCUCCUGGAAGAAACAGACUACCAACAUCAGGAAAACCUUCAUCUUCAUGGAAGUGCUGGGCUCAGGAGCUUUCUCAGAGGUGUUCCUGGUGAAGCAAAGAGUGACUGGGAAACUCUUUGCCCUGAAGUGCAUCAAGAAGACACCAGCCUUCCGGGACAGUAGCCUAGAGAACGAGAUUGCUGUGCUGAAAAGGAUCAAGCAUGAGAACAUUGUGACCCUGGAGGACAUCUAUGAGAGCACCACUCACUACUACCUGGUCAUGCAGCUUGUUUCUGGAGGUGAGCUUUUUGACCGGAUCCUAGAGCGUGGUGUUUACACAGAGAAGGAUGCUAGCCUGGUCAUCCAGCAGGUUUUGUCAGCAGUGAAAUACCUCCAUGAGAAUGGCAUCGUCCACAGAGACCUAAAGCCUGAAAACCUGCUGUACCUCACCCCUGAGGAGAACUCCAAGAUCAUGAUCACCGACUUUGGUCUGUCCAAGAUGGAGCAGAAUGGAGUAAUGUCCACAGCCUGUGGGACUCCAGGCUACGUGGCUCCAGAAGUGCUGGCCCAGAAGCCCUACAGCAAGGCUGUGGACUGCUGGUCCAUCGGAGUCAUCACAUACAUACUGCUGUGUGGGUAUCCCCCUUUCUAUGAAGAAACAGAAUCAAAGCUUUUUGAGAAGAUCAAAGAGGGCUACUAUGAGUUUGAGUCUCCAUUCUGGGAUGAUAUUUCUGAGUCAGCCAAGGACUUUAUUUGCCAUCUGCUGGAGAAGGACCCGAAUGAACGGUACACCUGUGAGAAGGCCCUCAGACACCCCUGGAUUGACGGGAACACGGCCCUGCACCGGGACAUCUACCCAUCUGUCAGCCUCCAGAUUCAGAAGAACUUUGCCAAGAGCAAGUGGAGGCAAGCCUUCAACGCGGCCGCAGUGGUGCAUCACAUGAGGAAACUACAUAUGAACCUGCACAGCCCCAGUGUCCGCCAAGAGGUGGAGAACAGGCCGCCUGUGUCCCCAGCCCCUGAAGUCUCCAGACACGGCUCCCAUGACAGCACCAUCACAGAAGCCCCCAUCCUGGACCCAGGCACGCCCCUUCCUGCACUGACCCGACUGCCCUGCCCACACAGCUCCCGGCCUUCCGCUCCUGGAGGCCGCUCGCUCAACUGCCUGGUCAACGGCUCUCUGCGCAUCAGCAGUAGCCUGGUACCCAUGCAGCAGGGGCCCCUGGCCACUGGGCCCUGCGGCUGCUGCUCCAGCUGUCUAAAUAUCGGGAACAAGGGGAAGUCUUCCUAUUGCUCCGAGCCCACCCUCUUCAGAAAGGCCAACAAAAAACAGAACUUCAAGUCUGAAGUCAUGGUACCAGUGAAAGCCAGUGGCAGCUCCCACUGCCGGGCGGGGCAGACUGGGGUGUGUCUCCUUAUGUGAUCCCGGGAGCGCCUGCAGUUUUCAGGAGACAUGCCUGGCUCUCCUCUGCCUCUCUAAGCACCUGCUCUGCAGAGGGGGAAGAGCCACAGAGCAGGGCUGGCCUGAAGCAGUCUGGCUGUUGCGGCCUGGGGCGGACACUCGCAGGACGCUCAGAGGAGUCCGGAGCCUGGAUGUUCCCUGAGGCCACUGGCAGGAUGAGUGGCAUCUCAGCCUCCACGUCUCCCAGCCUGCCCAUUCCAUUCCCCACAUCCCCUAUGUGUGUGGCCGUGUGCCGGAUCCAUAGUGCUCACCCGGGUCCGUGCUGUUUGUUGUGAAAGCUUUAUGGGCUGGCCAGGCUGUGCCACGUUCCUCAGCAAAGCCAUAUGGAGUCUAACUCCGACUCCUUGCUCUGCACACUCGUGCCCACCUCUCUGGCCUCAUGGCCAAAUGGGCCUCAUUAUCAUAGUACCUGCCUGUUCGCAUGACUGUCAGGCUGCUCCCCUGAGGCCUGGGAGCACUCACAACUCUAAAGCUUCCCUCCGAGGUUCGCUUCCCACCGCACUGAGACCCCAAACACGCCAAAGCUCGCCCCACCUCUGCCUCACAGCAAUUCCCCCUCCUCCAUGGUGGAAUGGAGAUGAUGGACUCUGAGCACUUCUCCCAGCCACACACCUCACAUACCCUUGAUUAAGGAUUUGCAGAGUUGUUUUCGUGUCAGCCAGGUCUCCUGCCUCAGGCCCCCUGUCCUCUGAAAGCCAGGUGCAUUGUCUGUCUCUCUGUGUUUUGCCCUCACUUCCUCAAGCUUCAAGCUCCACCUUGUACUCAGAUAAAAUGGAAAUAUUUUUCUCUAUGAGGCGUCACUCGUUCUGUUUUCAUCAGAAGCUGCUCAUGGACAGCUGGGCACAUCUGGGCAGCCAGGGCUUGGUGCAGCCAAUAUAUAUCGGGAGCCGAGAGCCUGGAUAUGUGACCCACCCAGUCAUGUCGGCCUCUGGAGAGGUUCUGUGAAUGCUGGUACUCCUGCCCUGUUAAUGGCGCAGAACACGAACGAGGCUCUGCCUUCACCUACCACACUGAUACUGCGGGUGGUUGUGCCUUGUUUUCCUCACUUGUCUGCCACUUAUACCACGGACAGUGUGUGUGGCAUGCCAGACACCCUGCUCAGAACAACACAGAUGGUCGAUAAUGAGAAGGACAUUAAUCUAAGCCAGGCUUGAUGGCACACACCUAGAGUCUUAGCACUUGGAAGGCUGAGACAGGAGGGGUGUGAGUUCAAGGCCAGUCUUUGCUAUAAACACAGUGAGUGAGACCGUAUCACAAAGGAGGAGGAAAAGAGAAAAGUGGAAAAGGAGGGAAAGAAGAAAUAAGAUGGGAGAGAAAAUGGGGGCAGAGGAGAAAGGACCGGGCAUAAGGCCCAAACCAUGGCUAGCACACUAAUGUUUGUGACAUUCCAUAUCAGCACGCACAGUCCUUUUACACAAAACAGUUUCUAGCCUUGUCCUACCUCUGGAACAGGUAAAAUAACCCAAUUCUCCCCAGGGGUGAUUGGCUAAGAGAUGUUCACAGAACAAAUUUCUGUUAACAUGGUGUUAACAUCAGGAGCUGGCUGUUAUGCAGCCAUUUAAUGUUUAUUUUUCCUCUAAAUAAUAAAUGUUGGGAGCAGAGAAGGGUGUGGAUCUGACUCAGCCGUUGAUAGUUGCUGGACUCCCCUUGGAGUCCGGUUGCCUUGAAGAGGGCUGCCAGGCAAGCAGCUCCUCCCUAAGCUGUGUGGACGCCCACAUUGCAUCCUGGCUGCUUUGAAGCCACAGGGAUGCCUCAAGGAAGCUACGCUACAGCUCAGCUGCUUGUUGCUGAAGCACAGUUCUGCUUCAGAGGUCAAUAUCCCGGCUCAGUGAACUCAAGUGAACACAAGGCUCAGUGUGGUGGUUUGAGCGAGACUGGCCCACAUCGCCUCAUAUGUUUGAACGCUUAGGGUGUAGCACUAUUUGAAAGGAUUAGGAGAGGUGGCCUUGCUAGGUAGGUAUGGCUUGCUGGAGGAUGUGUUACUAGGGGUGGGCUUUGAGGUUCAAAAGCCUAAGCCAGGCUCAGUGUCUCUCUCUAAAACUGUAAACCAGACCCAUUUACAUGCUUGCUUGCUUUUUCUUUUUCUUUCCUCUCUCUUUCCUUCCUUCCUUUGUUCUUUCUUUUCUUUGUGUGGUCUUGACUGCCCUGGAAAUGGCUGUCUAGGCCAGGCUGGCCUCAGCUCACAGAUCUCUGCCUGUCUCUGCCUCUCUAGUGCUGGGAUUAAAGUUGUGUGCCAAGAGCUGUGUUGGUCAUGGUGUUUCUUCACAGCCACAGAGCACUGACUAAGACAUAGCCCUUCACACAAACGUGGGAGACUAUACAAUGACAAGUUCAGACAC